CAGCAAAUCCUUUCAGAGAAAUAUUUGAAAUAAAAGACAACAGAUAGGGGACGCAGUGAAGGCAGCAGGAGGCUGCGAGGCCAAUAACCUCCGACAAGGGAAUCGCUGCAAUCUGGCCCGUGUUUGCUGAUGAUAAUGCGUCUUUCCAAAGCCCUGAUAGACAUGGAGAUGGCAGAUUAUAGCGCAGCUUUGGACCCAGCUUACACCACUCUGGAAUUUGAGAACAUGCAGGUGUUGGCCAUGGGCAACGACACGCCUCCAUCAGACACGACAAACCUCAGUGCCACCAACAGCAUCGGGAUGAGCGCGUUGUGCGCCAUCUGCGGGGACCGUGCCACGGGGAAGCACUAUGGCGCCUCAAGCUGUGACGGCUGCAAAGGCUUCUUCAGGAGGAGCGUCAGGAAGAACCACAUGUACUCCUGCAGGUUUAACAGGCAGUGUGUCGUAGAUAAGGACAAAAGAAACCAGUGUCGAUACUGCAGGCUAAAGAAGUGCUUCCGAGCAGGGAUGAAGAAAGAAGCUGUACAAAAUGAACGUGAUCGAAUCAGCACCCGGCGCUCCAGUUAUGAAGACAGCAGUUUGCCUUCCAUCAAUGUCUUACUGCAAGCAGAAGUCCUUGCACAACAGAUAUCGUCGCCAAUUUCCGUGAUCAACGGAGAUAUCCGAGGGAAGACGAUUGCGAACAUAACAGACGUGUGUGAAUCCAUGAAGCAGCAGUUGCUGGUGUUGGUGGAGUGGGCCAAGUACAUCCCGGCUUUUUGCGAGCUUCCCUUAGAUGAUCAGGUGGCAUUGCUGAGGGCACAUGCAGGGGAACACCUGCUCCUGGGAGUUGCCAAGAGGUCCAUGGUGUUCAAAGACAUCUUGCUAUUAGGGAAUGAUCACAUAAUCCCGCGGAACUGCCCUGAGCUGGUGGAGGUGAGCCGGGUGGCCAUCCGAAUCCUUGAUGAGCUGGUCCUGCCAUUCCAGGAGCUGCAGAUUGAUGACAAUGAAUAUGCCUGCUUGAAAGCCAUCGUUUUUUUUGACCCAGAUGCCAAAGGGCUGAGCGACCCCACCAAGAUCAAGAGGAUGCGGUACCAGGUGCAGGUCAGCCUGGAGGAUUACAUCAAUGACCGGCAGUACGACUCGCGGGGCCGCUUUGGCGAGCUGCUGCUUCUGCUGCCCACCCUGCAGAGCAUCACCUGGCAGAUGAUCGAGCAGAUUCAGUUUGUCAAACUCUUUGGCAUGGCCAAGAUUGACAACCUACUGCAGGAAAUGCUGCUGGGGGGCUCGUCGAGUGAAACCCCGCACGCUCACCACCCUCUGCACCCUCAUCUGAUCCAGGAGAACUUGGGGACGAACGUCAUCGUAGCCAACACGAUGCCCGCGCAGCUGCAUAAUGGGCAGAUGUCCACUCCGGAAACUCCACAGCCUUCCCCGCCUGCAGGCUCAGGACCUGAGCAAUACAAGCUGCUCCCCGGGGCCAUCGCUACUGUAGCAAAACAGCCCACUUCAAUCCCCCAACCCACCAUCACAAAACAAGAAGUCAUCUAGAGUCUCCCAGAAAGAAACCAGCCUGUGGAAGACUGUGCUGGGGAAAACAGACUGACUGUCCCAGUGAAGACGGAAGAUGUCAGUGGAUUCACAGGCACAAACACAUCAGCUUGUUUAUUGGAAGACCGCAAAAGGCUCGCUUUGUGCAGCUAGAGAGAGCAUGUGCCGUGGGCCAGCUGAGAAUUACAUAUCGGGGAGUUAAACCAUAGUGAAAUCAUUAGUCCUCGUAUGAAGGGCCGGAACUGAAACUCGUGCCUGCCAGUGACUCUUGAGAUUUGCCUUGACUGCUUGCCUGUGAAGUGGCACUUGACCACUUUUUACUGCCUCGGAGUGGGUUCAAAGCAAACCAGACAUUACUAAAAGAACGGACUUAGCCAACACAGAUGUCUCAUUUGAAUGAUGGGCAGAGAGGCCUCCUGCUGUCUUUAAAGUUUCUCAGAAUAGUCCCAAAUUUCAGCCAACAUUAAUGGAGCUAGAAAUUCUCUGGGAAGCAUCAUUCCAAAGACCGGGGUGGGCAGGGUAUAAUAACCCUCUGUGACAAUAUUUAAGCACAGCCUGGUCCCCUUGAUGAGUUUGGUGCUUUGGAAUUCCCUGCUAUUUCAGACUUUCCAUAUGUUGGGGUACUGCUGGGGUUUCUUACCCCAGCAUCAUUAUUCCCUCCCCGUGUCAGCAACUGAAGGAGGCAAAGCAGCAAAUUCCUCCAUUAUGCUACCACGGCACGUUUGCUAAGGGAGUCAUGGGAGCAAUACAUGCGUUAAGGGAAUGGAGUGAUGGUUCUGGGAUUCAGCUAAUGGUCUUGGGAAGGACAGAGAUCGGGAGGGGACAAUAUUUGCUCAGCACCCUGAAAUACCACACAGAUCUCGCCUGCGUGAUUGCUGGAAAUCUGGCUGGGUCCGUGCCUCCUAAUUAUACUCACACAUCUUAACUAUAAGCAAAAGCUUAUCUGCAGCCUGUUUGUGGGAGAUUAUGGUGGGUGGAGGCACGACAGAGAGUAGGGAGGAAAUCAGAAGUGGAGAGAUGAGAGAUGGACGGACCCAAGACACAAAGAUUGGACCAGGAUUGCAUGUUCCUCAUGGCUGGGGAGUGUCUGGAUAACUGGUCACUCACAGGUUUAUAAGGUUUUACGUCAUGACAGAGAUUAGUUGUGACAGUCUGCAAGGUACAGACCCGCAAAGCAUGAGGGCAAUUAGAAACCCAUAGACCCUCAAGCUCUGCUAUGAAGUCCUUACGGGGUCAAGGAGAAACGUUUUAUUAUGUAAAUAUCCUGCCUAGUUCCUGGCCUAGACCCUUGCCAUGGAACCUCGCUGGUUUCACUUUGCCUGUGUUUUCCUUUUGCUCAUUGAAGCCUAUUGGUGCUAUUCCCUGCAGCUCCCACCACCACAGGGAAAGAAGGCCAUGAAGCUGGCAAUUUCUCCUUCCCUAAAAACUGAAAUCUCUUCCUGGGGAAAUACUCAUUUUUCCUGACCACACACUGGAUUUCUGCAAGGUCCUGGCCCAGUGGAAACAUCAAGAAGUGGUGGAGUCACAAUUGCUAAAAGCUCUUGGGACGAAUCCCCAGCUGAUGUCAAUAAGAGUUCCUCUGAUUUACACUGGCUGUGGAUGUGGGCCCUGGAUUUCAAAUGCAAAAAUGCAGCACCUCGCCCCUGCCUACGGGUAUCAAAGUAUUGUAUUGCCUGUCAACCUGAUGGCAUUUUGCUGAAUAAUUUAUUGCGGUGAUGAAUCUAAUCAUUUUCCAGACUUUAUUUUGUAAAUCACAUUGAUUAUGAUCGGGAAAUUAAAUGUGAACAACUGAAUAAUGAGACCGUCUUUUUCCAACUGCCCCAACUUUUCCUGUAUGUAGAGGUAAUGUAUGGGGAAUAUGUCUCAGUGCACAUUUCAUUCGCACCAGACAUCCCCAAUACGGUUCAUUAAUUUUUGCUGGUUACUGCCUUCCAAUGGAAACAGAGAAAUAUUUCUUCACUACAGUUGUAUUAAUAAAAAAAGAAAGAAAUGCAAAAAUA